AUGACAAAGAGAGUUAAGAGGAAUAAGAAGAGUAUAAGCUCUAAAAUAGAUGAAGAAUAUCUAGAAUCAUACAUCAAUUCAAAAAAAACAGAUAAAUCAAGCUCAGUCAGAUUCAAUAUCGAUGCAUUGGGUAAAUUGUCCAUAAGAAAUACUAAAAUAAAUGGAGUAAAUAAGUCAAAUCACUAUAAGAAUAAAAACAGCCCAGAAUAUGUUAGGCUUAAAAAAUUAAAGAAUAGAAUUUCAUUAAAUAAUAAAAUUGAAGUUGAUUCCACUCCUUCAGAGGAUGAUGCCCUUAUCGAUGUUUGGAAUGAUUCCAUACAUGAUUCUAAAGAUAAGAGAAAUAAAAUACAGAACAUUAACCAGUUAAUACCGGCAGUUGAACUUCCACAUCCUGGUCAGAGUUACAACCCAAAUCCAGAAGAUUAUAACGCAUUAUUAAAUAAAGCCGUGAAUGUAAUUCAAAUAAACAACGAAGAUGAUUCCACUCAAGGAGUUAAAGAAAUAGAUGAUAUGAUCAAAAAUAGUUUCCCAUCCUUAGACCCAUCAUUAUUGGACCUUAGAAAGAAACAGGGAUUGGUUAACCUGAUCAAAAACAAUGUUUUUGAUUUAGAUGAAGUUAAUAAAGUAUUAAACGAGGAACAUGAAUCAGAAACUGAUGAAGAAAUUGAUGAAGAGAUUAUGUAUAAAAAGUUGCCUGGUAGGAAGACUAAAACACAGAGGAAUAAAAUCAAACUCCUUAAGGAAGAUAAAAGAAGGAAGGCGGUAAUAAAAAAUAUAAAAAAAUUAAAAAACGAUGUGAACCAUAUCAAGACUAUUAACGCAUUUAAACCUUCUAACAAGUCUUCCGAAAUGCUUUCGAGAUUUAAAAACUUUGUAUCUAAGCUCCUAUCUGGAGAAGUUCCCACUAAAAUCUCCAAUAAAGCUUAUUAUUCAGACCCACCUGAGGUUUAUUUGCCCGAAGAGAUGAGUUCUUCAGUUAAAAAUAUCGACAAUCUCAAAAAAAGCCCAAUCAGUCACAUCGUAAAGUCAAUAUACAGGAGAGGACUCUUGCCACCUCCACCAAGGAUAAACGCUAGAUAUAAAAAUUAUUUGAAGAAGUUCAGAUUUUUGAACAGACCAUACAUGUAUAAGCCAGCUUUGAAAAUUUAA